AUGCAAGUGGCAGCUUCAGUCGCGGGUUCAUUGGCGGCAGAACCUAGUCGCCUUCUCUUUGGCACCGUCUAUGCAAGAAUGCAGAUUUUGUUCAAGUUUCGAUCAAACCUCAAUUCCCUAGAGAAGCAGAUGGAGAAUCUAAUAAGCCGGAGAGAUGACGUGAAACGGGAACUCGAUGCAGCUGACCGAGAAGGAAAACUUCCUAAAGCUCUAGUGGAUAAGUGGCUAAGCAAUGUCACCAAGCUCGAGAUUGAAAUUAAUACCAUGCGAACAAGUAUGGCAGACAGAAGCAGCAAUACAUGUGGGUGUGGUUUAAACUGCGCUCUCCGGUGUAAGUUUAGCAACAGAGUGGUAAAAAUGCUCGAGGAGGUUGCACAGCUACUAAAAGAUGGUGAUUUUCCAACAGGCGUGGCAGCGGUUAAUCAUUUGCCGGUACCAGUUGAGCACAUCCCCGGGCCAUCAAUUGAAGGUCAACUAACAGCGUCCAGAAAUUUAGCCAAGAUUAUGGAACUUCUGAGCGAUGAUAAGGUUAGGACAAUUGGCAUCUGGGGUAUGGGAGGGGUGGUGUCCAAAAAAAUCGACUUGAAAAGAGUCCAAAUGCAACUUGCUGAGAGGCUUAAGUUGGUGAAUUUGGAGGAAAGCCCGGAGAUAAUGGCUAAGCGCUUGCAUGAAAGAUUAGAAAAGGAAAAAAAGUUCCUUCUCAUUCUGGAUGAUGUUUGGGAUGCUAUUGAUUUGGACCUUUUGGGUGUCCCACUGCCUGAAGUUGACAAGGGUAGUAAGAUCAUAUUGACAUCUCGAUCUACACAAGUAUGUCGCCAGAUGAUGACUGAUGUCAAUUUUAAAGUUGAUGUCUUAAAUGAUGAAGAGUCUUGGCAAUUGUUUUGUCAAAAUGCAGGCGCAAUAGCCAUGUUGGAACCCAUUAAACCAUCCGCAGAAGCAGUUGCCAAGGAAUGUGGUGGAUUGCCAUUAGCACUUAAGACUGUGGGGAAGUCCAUGAGGGGCAACACAAUGGUUGAGGUUUGGGACCAUGCAUUGGACGCACUGCGAAUGUCAAUGCCUUCCAUUGAAGGGAUCGAGGAUAAGUUAUACAGGCCCAUAAAGUGGAGUUAUGACUUGUUACAAAGUGAGCAGUUGAAAUCUUGUUUUCUCUGUUGCUGCUUGUAUCCGGAAGACUUCUCAAUUGAAGUUAGUGAACUUAUUCAAUUAUGGUUCGCAGAGGGUUUGCUUGAUAAACACCAAAGUUAUGAGGCACUAGAAAACCAGGGAAUGGCUAUAAUUGGAAGUCUAAUGGACUCUUGUUUGUUGGAUCCUGCUUCCCAAGGGGACGCUGUAAAGAUGCAUGAUGUCGUGCGUGAUGUUGCUAUAUGGAUUGCAUCCUCCACGGAGGAUGGAAUUAAGUCCUUCAUUCAGUCUGGAAUUGGCUUGAGGCAGUUGCCAGAUAACGACUUAUGGAAGUCUUCCAAGAGAUUAUCUUUCGUGAAUAAUGAAAUAACAAGGUUACCUGAUUCUGUGAUGCUAUGUCCACAAGCAUCAACUUUACUUCUACGAGGUAGUCGUUUCCUUGAGAAAGUUCCUCAUAGUUUCCUACUAGGAUUUCAGGUGCUCAGAAUUUUGGUUCUUAGUGGCAGCUGUAUCAGAUCAUUGCCUGAUUCUCUUCUCCAACUUGGUGAACUCCGGGCACUUCUUUUAAGGGGUUGCAAUGAUCUUCAAAAUUUACCACCUCUGGAAGGGCUUAGUAGACUACAAAUACUGGAUUGCUCUGGUACUCGCAUCAGUACAUUGCCAGAAGGGAUGGAAAAAAUGACCAACCUCAGGCAAUUAGACCUGUCCUACACUUCCCAUUUGAAAACCAUUAAUUCCGGAACUCUGUCCAAGUUGUCUAAUUUGGAGUUUCUAAACAUGAGAUGCAGUGGUUACUGGUGGGGUAUGGAAGAAAACGUCAAAAUGGGGCACGCACCGUUUGAGGAGAUCCUACGUCUCGAGCGAUUAACUGUUCUAUACAUUGACUUACAGACUGUUCCACAUUCCACCUCCAAAGAUUUUACAACUUGGAUUCAAGGACUCAAGAAAUUUGGGAUUUUUAUUAGUGAUUAUGGUCGUAGAGAUCAUAUAGUUGAAAAUUCUGAAGGGAUCAGUUUUAGGCCUCCGCAUUUUGUUAGAAGGCACGUCAGCCUCAGAAACUAUAAUCUCUCGGCCGCAAGACAGAGUUGGUGGCUAUUAAUCAAUGCAACUUCAGUGGAUAUCUGUGGUUGUUCUUAUAUUAAUCUGAUGCUUGAAAAUUUGGCAAUGAACAGUAGUAGAGUCGGUUCCUUUGCUGGUUUGAAGUCACUAACCAUUGGAAAAUGUAAGUACGGCUUUCAGCCAGGAGUAGGGAGAGAUGGUGCACAGUUUGAUAUGCUUCCAAAUCUAGAGCACCUUCAUCUCUUUUCUCUUGAUUUUCUUGACAGCCUUUCAGAUUUAGUUCAUUACCUUGGGCUCAAGUUUUCUAGACUACGAUUAUUGGAAGUUAUCGGGUGUCCCCAGUUGAAGUAUCUUCUUUCUAUUGGAGGUUCAAUUCUAGUUUUGAGAGAACUGAAAGAAAUCAAAGUAAGGUCUUGUGAGAAAUUCGACGAGCUCUUUAGAUAUGGUAGUUCAGGGCAGAUUAUGGAUGAAGAACCAGUUGUUCCAAACCUAAAGAUGCUAGAAUUGAAAGGGCUCCCCAAGCUGGAAACUCUUUGCAAAGAAAAUGAGUUGUUACAGCAGUUAGAGCAGCUUGAAGUUCUUGAGUGUAACCUCGUCAGGAAGUUGCCUCUCACUGUCCAAAAGGCAAACAACAUAAAAGAAAUAAGAGGAGAACAACAAUGGUGGAGCCAGUUGGAGUGGGAUGAAGAAGGUGCCAAGUCAAGUUUAGAGCUUUACUUCACGUCAAUUAUGGUCAACCCUUGUUGAUAGCUCUCAAUUAAGGUCUCUUGAUUUUGCGUUCUACCCUCAAGGUUUGAAUCAGCCAAAUCUAUUCUCGGUUGCCCGGUUGCGAGGAAUUCGUCAUUCAAAAAGCUUGAACAG